AUGUCGAUCGAUACGCUCAAUAUGGACAUCUGUGCAAUUCACCUCGUGUUUUGUCCCCCAGACUCACCUGAAACUAAAAUUUGCCGGCCCGGAAGGUGCAAAGCUUGGCUGGACUGGGCGGUAUCGUCUGUGGUCACUUCGAGUCAGGAGACGGUGUGGAUUGGUGCCGAGCAAUACCGUCGACUGCAUCCGCAGAACUACUAUCCAUCGCGAAGUCCGUCCUAUACUAGGAGUGAACGCAGUCUCGACGGUGUAUGUCCUUUUUCCUUCUUCUUCCUUACGUUUUGUCACGUCUUUUUCCAGUCUUUUACUAUC